UACCCACGAGCGCGCGCGCGCGUUCCGCAUUCAAGAGAUAAUUAAAAAAGAACAUUUACAGAGUCAAUGUCUCUGGCGGCCGGCCGACAUCCGCUGUAACGAUUAAUCUCAAUUCGAAGCGAUGCGCGCACACACACGUGUGUGUGUGGGUAAAUUUGUUUGUUUACGGUGCGCGCCAGAUAAAUAUAUAAAUUGUUUCGAAAAGACCGGAUUGACCAGUGAUCAGCGAUCCGUCGUCCGCGGGCCUCGCUGCUUCUUCGUCCGCGGCUCACAUUCGCGAUUUGGUAACGCGGCGCGCCGCAUCGGUUCGCAUUGACAUUGACUUUCGCUGCAGCGUCUAAUCGUUUUUUAAAUACACGCCGACGCGCGAUUGUCGUGCGCGCCUGUGACAGAAGACGUUUGGCGGCGUGACGGUGACGAGCAUCACAAUCGGAAUCGAGUUUUAAACAACAAACAUGUAUAACCCACGUUGGAUGUGCCUUGCGCUUGGAAUCUGCGGUUACCUGGGCUUGGCCGAAGGUCAAAACCCCAAACCGCCCCUAAUCACACUCUUCGAAUGGCGACAAUUGGAGUUUGACUAUGAAAGCGAGCGCGCGCGUCAAAGCGACAUCAAUUCCGGAUUCUACCAGCCGAAUAUCGCCGCGCCGAUCGACGCUGACGUCUACUACCGAGAUACUCCGAAAGAUAACAAGGUCUUCGUAACGAUCCCUCGCUUCCAGAUUGGAAGCCCAGCGACGUUAGCGACAAUCAGCAAUCGGAUGAAUAAAGGAAAUCCGGUUCUGCGGCCGUAUCCCGAUUGGAGCUGGCAUCGCAAUCCGGAACAAUGCCGCACCAAUCGACUUGUAUCCGUAUACAGAAUAAAGAUCGACGAAUGUGGGAAGCUAUGGGUGCUUGACACUGGCCGUUAUGGUGACCAGCAAACAUGUCCGCCACAGAUUAUCGCAUUCGAUUUGAAAACAAACACCGUUGCGCAUCGGUUUGAAAUCCCGGACUCGCUCUUAGAAUCUCGUUCAAUUCUGGUGACGAUUCUGGUUGAUAACAGAGAUAAAUACUGUUCGAAUCCAAUUGUGUACGUUGCUGAUUGUCAGACUUAUUCUAUUAUUGUGCAUGAUGCAAAGAGGGGCAUUGCUUGGAAAGCAACUGAUAAGACUAUGUAUCCGUUCCCUGAUUACGGCACGUUUAACAUUCAAGGUGACCAGUUUGAUUUGAUGGAUGGCGUGUUAGGCAUGGCGCUAGAACCCUACAUCCCCGGCCGUGACCGUAAAUUAUACUACCACGCCAUGUCCAGUGGGACAGAAAACUGGGUCCACACCUCCCACCUGCGAAACGAGACGCUUUUCCGUGAUGAUCCCACCGCGCUACCACAUAUCUUCAAUACGUACCGAACGAAGCGCCCGUCCCAGAGUUGCGCAAUGGCCGUGGAUCGCGACGGCAUUGCAUACUUCGGCCUGAUGAGUGAAACCUCCGUCAAUUGUUGGCAUACCGGCAAUUCUGACUACGGUAAAAGUAUCGAGACGGUCUAUCGGAACCCCGUGACAAUGCAGUUUCCCAGUGGGGUGAAGAUCAUUGAUAACUUGAAAGGACAACAGGAGUUAUGGGUACUCACAUCGCGUUUUCAAAAAGUAGCGACGAAUACCAUCAACACCAAAGAGGUUAAUUUCAGGAUCAAUGCUGGGAGGGUGACGGAUCUGUUACAACGCACACGAUGCAAACAAGGUGGUGGUCAUGGUGGUCAUGGUGGUCAUGGUGGUCAUGGAGGUUUCUUUGGUAAUACAGGCGGAUAUGGCCUGCAAUCAACACCGAGUCAUUUUAACUGCAAUACAAAUAAAAAAAUGGCAUUAACAUCAUCGACGUGGUUCAAUAAUUGGUCCCCGCCUAGUCAAGUCUUCCAUCAGGUGACGCAGCAGCAUCACGACUUUCAGCAGCAAUUUGCCUCGCCAAUUGUUCCAUUUCAAGGCCAUAAUCACUAUCAGUCUUAUGCAUAUCAUCAUCAUCACAAUGGCUAUCAUCCUGGGCAAUCGCAGGAGGAGGAUGAUGAUGCUUCAAGCGAGCAUGAAGGUUUCACACGCAAGAAACCCGCCAAAGUUGUGGGUAAAACCAACAUGAUUAAAUUCCUACCCUAUUUUGUCACGUUGGGAAUGUUGAAUGGGCAGGACCUGGCAAGUGUCCCACCAUCAGUUGGUGAGGCAGUGAAUGUUAUUCAAGGUACCACUGGGCCUUUCAAGACGGUCUACGCAUGGAAACAGAUGGAUUUUCAAUAUCCCACUGCAGCUGCGAAGAGCGCAGCCGUUGCAAGUGGUGACUUCAUUCAGGAGAACAACCUACCUUUAGGCAUGGAAGUGCAUAAAGAUCGAAUGUUUCUAAGUUUUCCAAAGUGGAAGAAUGGUGUGCCGGCAUCGUUGGCUGUCGUGCCUAAAACACGCAAAGGAAACAACAUCUCUCCGGUGAUGGUACCCUAUCCCAGUUGGGAUUGGCAUAACACUAACUCAUGUGAUGGCUUAACUUCCGUUUAUCGCAUGCAAGCGGAUGAAUGCAACCGUCUCUGGGUGAUGGACUCUGGUCAAGUUGAGGUCACCAUCAAACCGAAGCAGGUGUGCCCCCCAACUCUGUUCAUCUUUGAUUUGAACACCGAUGAACUAGUGUUACGCUAUCCAAUCCCCCAGGAGUUCAUCAAACAAGAUUCCCUUUAUUCUAAUAUCCGUGUUGAUGUCCGUAAUGGAAAAUGUGAAGACGCGUAUGCCUAUAUGACAGACGUCUGGCGUUUUGGUCUAGUUGUCUUCAGUUUAGCAAAAGAACGUAGUUGGCGUGUGACUGACCAUCUAUUCUACCCAGACCCACUUGCAUCUGCUUACAACCUCCAAGGACUGGACUUUGAAUGGACUGAUGGUAUCUUCGGCAUGGCUCUGAGUCCUUUGAACAAAAAGACAAACGAUCGCAUCAUGUACUUCCACCCAAUGAGUAGUUUCCGAGAGUUCUACGUGCAUACCUCUGUCAUCCGGAAUGAAACCGACUGGAGUACCAUCAAAGACGCUUUCAAAGUCAUGGGACAAUCUCGGGGAAAGCGUGGACAUGCGAGUGCUUCAGCAAUGGACCGUCAGGGUAUUCUGUUCUUCAAUCAGGUAACAAGGAACUCGGUGGGAUGUUGGGAUAGUCGUAAACCAUACAAGAGAUUGAACCUAGGUGUGGUUGCUCAGAGCAAUGACACAUUACUCUUCCCCAACGAUUUGAAGAUUGACAAUGAGAAACGUCAAAGUCUAUGGAUACUGUCAAAUAAAUUGCCUAUCUACCUGUACAGCUCUCUGAACAAAGACGAGUACAAUUUCCGUAUUCUCACCACCUAUACCGAUCAAGCAGUUCAGGGUACCAUCUGUGAUCCUAGCUUGGUGUACGAAAACAGCUACGAACACUUCGCCGGUGAAGAAGAUUGCUAUUAACUUAUAGGAUACAUCCACAGUACCGAAUUUCAACUCUGCUCAACUAAACUAAGAUUGAUGGUAUUCCUCUCCACUUAAAUUAUACCUACCACUACGCAAUAAGACAACACAUGUAGACUUGCAAAUUUAUCUCACAUGUUCAAUGUAAAUUUGAUAAUAAAUUAUUCGAGCACGAUGCGUGUAAAUAAAGAAACUACCGUGCAAA